AGGCGCGCGCGGAGGGGAAAGGGAGGGGGAGGGAGAGGGGGGAGCAGGCGGAAGUAGGAGGAGGGCGGGGGGAGGCGCGAGGCCGAGAAGCCCAGAGAGAAGCGCUGCCUCUCCGCCUCCCCCCCCCGGAAGGCAUCCGCGCCCAUCCGCGCCCGGCGAGGCCUCUCCCCCUCGGCCUUGGGGUCAGAGGGGACGCGGAGGGCCCGCGGCAACCGACGGGGCCUCCAUUGGGAGUCCAACAUGGCAGGUAACCGCGGACGGGGCCCGCCCUUCUCCCCCUCGCACGCCUCAGGAGCCGGUGGCGGUGGAAAUGACAUUCAGUGGUGUUUUUCUCAGGUGAAAGGGGCUGUGGAUGAUGAUGUAGCAGAAGCAGAUAUAAUAUCUACAGUAGAAUUUAAUCAUUCUGGAGAAUUGCUAGCCACAGGAGACAAAGGUGGUAGAGUUGUCAUCUUUCAACAAGAGCAGGAGAACAAAACACAGUCUCAUAGCAGAGGAGAAUAUAAUGUUUACAGUACCUUUCAAAGCCAUGAACCAGAGUUUGACUACUUGAAAAGUUUAGAAAUCGAAGAAAAGAUCAACAAAAUUAAGUGGUUGCCCCAGAAGAAUGCUGCUCAGUUUUUAUUGUCUACAAAUGACAAAACAAUAAAACUUUGGAAAAUUAGUGAAAGAGAUAAAAGGCCAGAAGGCUAUAACUUGAAGGAAGAAGAUGGCCGAUAUAGGGAUCCCACGACAGUCACAACAUUACGGGUACCAGUAUUCAGGCCCAUGGAUCUCAUGGUGGAAGCCAGUCCACGAAGGAUAUUUGCCAAUGCCCACACAUAUCAUAUCAACUCUAUCUCCAUCAAUAGUGAUUACGAAACGUACCUGUCUGCAGAUGACUUGCGGAUUAACUUGUGGCACCUAGAAAUUACAGACAGAAGUUUUAAUAUUGUAGAUAUUAAGCCUGCAAACAUGGAAGAACUGACAGAAGUGAUAACGGCAGCAGAAUUCCAUCCAAACAGCUGUAACACAUUUGUCUACAGCAGUAGUAAGGGAACAAUCCGUCUCUGUGACAUGAGAGCGUCAGCCCUCUGUGAUAGGCAUUCAAAAUUGUUUGAAGAACCAGAGGAUCCUAGCAACCGGUCAUUUUUCUCUGAAAUCAUCUCCUCCAUUUCUGAUGUGAAAUUCAGCCAUAGUGGCCGAUACAUGAUGACUCGAGAUUACCUGUCUGUGAAAAUUUGGGAUUUAAAUAUGGAAAACAGACCUGUGGAAACAUACCAGGUGCACGAAUACCUCAGAAGUAAACUUUGUUCACUCUAUGAAAAUGACUGCAUUUUUGACAAAUUUGAGUGCUGCUGGAAUGGAUCAGACAGUGUCAUCAUGACAGGCUCCUACAACAACUUCUUCAGAAUGUUUGAUAGAAACACGAAACGGGAUAUUACUUUAGAAGCCUCUCGUGAAAACAAUAAGCCACGCACCGUUUUGAAACCCCGCAAAGUCUGCGCAAGCGGGAAAAGAAAGAAGGAUGAGAUUAGCGUCGACAGCUUAGACUUCAACAAAAAGAUCCUCCACACUGCCUGGCACCCAAAGGAGAACAUCAUUGCUGUAGCCACUACAAACAACUUGUAUAUAUUUCAAGACAAAGUGAAUUAGGGCUAGUAUUUCUAGCAGAGGAGUCCACUUCCUGCAUAGUUCAGAUAGAUUGAACCUAGCAUUUGUACUUGUAAACAAUAGAAGGGAGAAAACCGAGAGCAGGAGAGCAACAGGGAGAGAACAAGAGAGAUGGAGAUGUCUUUUGUGGCACACUUUGCCCAGUGUUUAAAAAUGUGCCAUAUUGACAACCUACUCUUCUAGAUAGCUGUAUGGGCAAUGGCUCUGCUGAGGAGUGCUCCAUGUCUGCUAGCCAUUUAGGUGAGUUUAGGGCACUUUUUUAACGUAAUGACUACUUGCACCAUCUUGCCUAAUGGACUAGAGAUUGGACUGUUGAUUGACAUUUGAUUCCACCAGAGUUUUUUAUGCCUUCCAUUGUGACAAUGACGUCUACCACAGGGGGGAAGAAAGCCUUCAAGUCAUGCUGUGGGAGUUAACUGUGUAACCUCAUUACUGUAUUAUUUGUGGCCCUUGUUAUUAUGAAAUAACAGCUCAUUCCUGCUGUGGCUUGUAGCAUUCCUCCCAUGCCUCCUGGACUCCUUUCCCCUUUUUGAAAGAUCCCCUUGCUCCCCAGCCCUGUGGUGGUGGUGUAUUGACGAAAGAGACAAAAAGCACACAAAAUGGGUCAGUGUUCAAAGGGGUCUGUGUUGCAAAGAACAAAAUGUUUUAAUGAAUUGUUGACUGUAAUCACUCCUUGCCAUGUCUGGCAGUAAAAAUGGGGCGGGGUGGGUGCUACAGGGGGGAAAUCUACUGAAUAAAAGUGUCAAAGAAUAGUGCUUUUGUUUUUGUUCGUUUGUUUUCCCUUUUUAAUCUACCUCUUUAAGAAUUUCUUCAUUUGUUAAAACUGUAAUUGCAUGAUGAUUUCAAUGUUUUCGUAUUGAUUUUUUCCAGUAUUAUUUUACAUGAGGAAAGGGAAAAGGGAGCCUUUUUAAUAAUAAUAAUAUUCCUUUAUGAAAAUGUUCAAAUGUCACUUUAGUAUUUAUCAGUAGUUUCCACUAAAAAGCUUCCGGGCUCUGCUAUAAUAAUAAAUGAUGAUUCUUUCAUAUUGUAUCAAGAAACCUUUCCUCCUGCCUCUUUUUGUUAACAGACCUCCAUCUCAAUAUGGGCAGGAUGAAUUUUGUAGAACACAACUACGGUUUUAUGGGACUAACCUUUUACGUAUCUAAACUCCCUUGUCCUAAUUUUGAAUGCCUUGUUAGAAUUCAGGCUCACAACCGUGCUUUUCUUUUUUUUAAAAAAGUCAUUAAAAUUUGGGGUUUUUUUUUUAACAAAAAUAGGAUGUUGUAUAAAACUUAAUAUAAAGUGAUUUAAUGCAAUUGAAAAAUGACACUGCAUUAUUGAGUUACCCCUAUAUUUUGUGUAUUUUUGUUGCUAUCAGUUACUUAAAUGGAAAUGUAGUUUUACCUUAUGAGUGUUCCUUUUUUUUAUUUGGCUUUUUGAAAUUCUUGCCAUUAAAGAUAAACUUGAAAAUU